AUGACCCAAGAGACGCCAUCUCGGGCGUCGAGAGGACGGGCAUCGGGACACUUGCAGAAAGUCGCAACCCCUGAAUACCCACCGAAGACUCUCUUUGUCGCACCGGAAAUCCCAGAAGACAAAGAAUACACUAUAGCGACUUCAACUACUACAACGACUUCAACUACUACAACGACUUCAACUACUACAACGACUUCAAGCACUAUAGCGACUUCAACUACUACACGACUUCAACUACUACACGACUUCAACUACUACACGACUUCAACUACUACAACGACUUCAACUACUACAGCGACUUCAAGCACUAUAGCGACUUCAACUACUACACGACUUCAACUACUACAACGACUUCAAGCACUAUAG